AUGGCGGGCUACAUGCAAGCGCAGGAUCAGGUGCAGGCCAUGGUGGCUCAAGUAAAGACCAUGACGGUGGAAAAAUUGAAGAAUCUACUUCGAACUGAAGGUUUACAGGUGUCUGGAAUCAAAAGUGAAUUGCAGCACCGGACAAUUCAGUACAUUCAAAAACUGCAUGAAAACCAUGAUCAGAUGCGUCUGAACCGAGUGAGAGGGAAUAUCAGAGGCCUUCCUCCGUCAUUCAACACCAACAACUAUCCUUCACCAUAUUCUACCCAUACUUCUCCCUCUUCCGCGUCGCCUCAAUUUUCCUCACCAAAUCCUCAUGCCCCGUAUGACAUGUCGUCGACUUCUUCUAUUCCGCCGAGUAAAAUUGGAUUCAAAAAUUCUCCCUUUUACACCAUCUUAAAGCCCUUGACCCAAACUCUGGAGUGUAAAGCUCGAGAGACCACCAGAGACACUGCUCGACUCACCGUUUCCCUCUCCCCGCUGAUUGCGGAACAACUCACCCGAGACUCGUCCUGUCGUGUUAUGGUAUUCUGCGCUGCCGAAGGGUUUCAACCUCUUUCCAGAGACUCCGACAUCGCAUUUCCGCACAAUGUCGAACUCAAAUGCAACUCGGAUGAGGUCAAAGCCAAUCUCAGAGGAUUGAAAAAUCGGCCUGGUUCAACCAGACCGGCCGACAUUACCCAUCUUGUGCGGAAGAAGGCUAGUUACCCCAACACUGUGGAGAUGGUUUAUGCUCUUACCACCAAGAAGUAUUACUUGGUCGUUAAUCUGGUACAAAAGAGACCGAUUGAAGCCAUGGUUUCCGAGCUGAGGCGAGGAAGGGUGAUAACCAAGGAACAAGUCUUGCGUGAAAUGCGCGCCAAAAACGAGGAUCCGGAUGAGAUUGUGGCAACCUCAAGCGUCCUCUCGUUGAAAGAUCCCGUGGCGUACACCCGAAUCGUCACACCUUGUCGUUCAAUCGGUUGCGCUCACAAUCAAUGCUUCGACGCUGCAUCAUAUCUUCAACUACAGGAACAAGCGCCUACAUGGACCUGUCCGAUCUGUAACAAAGCUGCCGCGUGGGAAAAUCUGGCCUUGGACCAAUAUGUUAAUGAUAUCCUGAAUUCCACACCAAGAGACACCGAAGUUGUUGUGGUCGAACCGGAUGGGCGAUGGCACAUUCAGAGAGACACCGAUGGCUCUAAUCGGAAAUCCAAUCCUACACCAAGUGACGAUGAAGAUGAUGAAGAUGAAAUUGUCGAGAUUCGGGACAGGGUUGAACCUCGACCAAAGGUAGAAACACUCACUCCGCAUAGUGUCCGGACACCGCCACUUUCUUCACGCGAAGACUCCACGGCACCAGCGUCGAGGUCGAACAAGAGACCACGCGAUGUUAUUGACUUAACGCUCAGUGAUGAUGAUGAUGGCGAUGAUGCGCCACCUUCAAAACAACGCAGAACAGAGUCUUCAUCCGAUCCUUCUAGGAUACGACCCCAUUCCGACCGGUAUCACUUUCAGUUAUCUCCUUCCGGCCCACCGUCUUACAACCUUGGCAGAUACACUUGA